CCGAGGAAAUUUUCGUGCGAGUUUAAGGAAAUUUACAUAACGCAUAGAGAGAACACUGCACACGAGCCUCCUUUCCACUCGUAUCCGAUUUAGGCCCCUGUUCGCCAGUUUGAUAUUAUUUGGUGUUAUAUGAAAUAAUGAUCGGAGAAAGGACCGAUGCCAUCCGUUUCGCUCGUAGUUCUCAGACUAGAAGUUGAAGAUGGUUUCAAGCAGCCUCAAUCUUUCAAUUAUGUCUCAGAGGAAUACCUCAAAGAGGUAAGAGGUAAAAGAGUUGCAAGGAUGGAUAAGAAAGAGAAGGAAGACACAACAACUGAUGGGCUAGUGGAUGACGUAGUGCUUUCUUCGAACAAGCAAACUCACAGAGGCUGUCGAGUAAGCACCAACUUCACAAUCGAAACACAUACAUGUGAUGAGGCACCUUUAUGUGCAAAUAAUGAGGAUCCGUCAGCUGUGGCCAAGCCCAAUCCAGCCGCUCAAGCUGGCACCGUAACAAAAAGAUCAAGAACCUCUCCUGUUCCAUUUUUCUCUGGGAAUCCAAUGGUUGAGCAUACAGCUGGAGUUCUGCAUUUGUACAAAGAUGGUCAACUGACACCGCUAGAAGAGGAAGUACCAAGGAGUGAGAUGAUUUGUAUGAUGUCUGUCCCAGCAAAAUUAACAUGCAUUGAUCUGCAACAGUUUACACAACCAAUGAAAGAUUCGAUCCAGCACAUGCAAAUUGUUAGGGACAACUCACCUAAUCAGUAUAUCGUUCUUCUUAAAUUCAAAGACCAGCUGAGUGCUGACAGUUUCUACAAAGAUUUCAACGGACGCCCAUAUAACCUGUUAGAGCCGGAGGUUGCUCGGCUUGUCUAUGUUGCUAAACUUGAAUCAGUGAAAUCUUCAGAGGGUGGAUAUCUACCAGUAUCCGGUUUAACCGAGUUGCCGACAUGUCCUGUUUGCUUGGAAAGAAUGGAUGAAUCUGUAGAGGGCAUCCUCACUAUUCUGUGUAAUCAUUCAUUCCACGGAGAUUGCCUUGUCCAGUGGUCAGAUUCCAGCUGUCCAGUUUGUAGAUAUAAUCAAACCCCAGAAGCAGUGGCAGAGCAAAGGUGUUUUCAAUGUAACUCUACUGAGAGUUUAUGGAUCUGCUUAAUUUGCGGACACAUUGGAUGCGGAAGAUACAAGGAUCAGCAUGCAUACCAACAUUAUCAACAAACUGGUCAUACGUUUUCAAUGCAGUUGGAGAACCAAAGAGUUUGGGACUAUACCGGAGAUAAUUAUGUUCACCGACUAGUUCAAAAUAAGAGUGAUGGAAAAUUUGUAGCGGUUGACAACGAAACUGAUGUUGUCAGUGAGGAAAAAUUGGAUUCAUUAAAUUUAGAGUAUACGUAUCUUUUAACAAGUCAGCUUGAGUCGCAGCGUCUGCAUUUCGAAGAGAAAAUGACCUUGCUAGAGAAAGAUGCCAUGGAUAAGAUAGCAAGCAUUGAAGGAAGAAUGAAAAGUGUAAUUGAGGAUAAUCAGAAACUGAGUGACAGACUCCAGCAAUUAGAAAAAGAGAAAAAACAUGUCGAUAAAAAAUAUACACAGGUUGUAAGUAAAGUUGGAACUCUUGUGCACGAUUUAAAGGAGGAAAAAGAGAUGAACACCUGUAUGUUAGAAAAUAAAAGGAUAUUACAAAAGAAGCUUGAUGAGUUAGAAGAGAAAUCAGCCACAUUGGAAGUGUCGAAAAAUUUGGAAAUCGCGGAGCUGAAAGAGCAAUUGCAAGAUCUAAUGAGGCAUCUGUCUAUUCAAUCUGCUGUUGCUAGCUCGUCUGAAGACACAAGAAAGGAACUUCAAGAUGGCCAAGUUUUUGUAAAGGAAAAUCAGACUCAGCCACGUGCUAAAGCAUCGCCGAGUAAAAAGGGGAAAGGAAACAGGGAUAGAUGACGUCAUAGACGACAUCAAUAGUCAGUCUGAUUUUUGCAAGAAGCUUUGUAAAUGUGAUUAUCAAUUCUAUGAAUAUUCCGAAAUCUUUUGAAUCAAUUACGCCUGUAAAUUAUUGUUAAUUUGGUGUGGCCUCUUCCGUAACACAUAUAGUAAAACACCAUCAAGGAUUAAAGCCUGGUUUCAUUAUAAUUUUUAUGCGUCGGCGACACGUCGUUAUCUGGCUGGGAGAAUAUUAUGUGAAAUAUAUUUUUCAAAAAGGGAACUUUCUAAUCAAGGGGGCCUGUGCCCCCAUGGCUUCCGGCUCUGGCGACCCUGAAUUUAGUUUAGAUCAGAUGAGAGCUCUACAGACAACCUACUGUCUCUCUCACUGGCUCCGUGUUCUCCGCACGUUGAGAAGAACGUGCUUGGUUGGAAACAACACGUUUGUCGAUGGGUGGUUUUAAUUAGUGGCUGAAUUGAUCGAUGUUCCGAUGCACACUAAUGUAUAAAGGUUCUUUGAAUAUGUCCCCUUCACCCGCAAGGCAGAUGCUAUUUUUGGAACAAUCAUAGAGUAGUAAAUCUUUUCAAGUGUUCCACAAGGCAGAAAUUUCAUCUUUCGUAGCACUGUGUGUGUCAUACACUGUAAAUGAUAUGUGUGUAUCAUACACUUUAUUUAUAUGUUCCAUUUCAACUCCCUGUCAUUGUAAACACCUAGCAUCUUCUGUUUUACAUGAUCGUUCUGUUUGAUAAUUAUUAACUGUGUCAUUGGCGAUUAGCACUAAAGGGACCAACGAACUUAUUCUUUUAAAUUAGCAUUGCAAUAUAAAUACCACUGCUCGAUGCAGUAUAGGCAGAGCUGGACAUGCUUCCGUGUAUAGAACAGGAAGGUUCUAAGUUGCUACGUUUUAAGCUUAAUGCCGUCAUCAGACAACUUUAUAUCUUAACAGUUGCCUGAUAAAUGCCUAAGACACAGUGUUACAUAGGUUGGAACGUGAUACCGUAGAGCACUUUUUGACAGGUCUCUCUCAGCCGAAUUUGGUACGGAUGGAUCAGUAUUCACUUUCCUGGAAAACAUAGUUGUCGCUUUAAAACCCCAUGUUGUAUUUUCAUCAUUGUUAUCCCCGCGUGCACGGUAGAAGCAACACUCGAAAAGCGGCCUCUGAUUGGCUGAAAUGUCAAAAUGUAAACAAGGCUUCUGAUUUGCUUAACAACUAAAAAACUGAUCGACUUAACAAACUGGCCGCCCGUGUCGAUACCAGAGGGAUUUGUAAAAGAUUUAAUCCAGUGUGUACAAAAAUAAAUUUGUUGUCCAAGUUAAAAAUUAUGAUAUAUGUAAAAAGUUAAAAUUUUCAAAAUCUUUUAAAAAGCUAGAUACUUCAUUCAUAAAACGCCAUACGAAACAGCAAGAAGCCGCCGCUUCAGUGGAUGGUACCAUUGAUUGAAUUCUUGUAUUACAUGAAGUAUUUGAUUUUUUGUUGUGUUACUUGGAAGUAUCAGAUAUGGUGGGAUGACUCUCUAGUAUUCUGCUAGUCGAAUGUCUUGAUUAUACAAACUUAAGCAUACGAUUUGAGGGGGAUAAAACGUACUGGGCAUUUUCCAAAAGUUAAGAGAAGCAAUAGCUUUGCAAAAGCAUAACAUCAGCACCCCCCUCGGGUUCUGACACCCUUGUGUGGUUGUAACGUUAAGGGGCUCGUCUUGUGUCAGUUGAAUUGCCCAAAACAUCGAAGAAAAAAGAAGCAGAUUGUUAGGGCCUAUUGGAUGUCAAGAGUUUUGUUUAAGGUGAUUCGUUCUUGCAUUUCUAAUGCUUAGUGCUUGUAAGAAGUCUCUUUUAAUUAAUACUAGGCCUUAAAAAUAUGAAAUUAGUCUAAUCCAAAAGAUGGUCACAAGCAGUGACCUAUACUGUGGUAUUUUCGAUUCCUUGUGUAUUGUUCAAGAACCCAGAGGUUAUUAUCGAGGUGCUUUCGUCAUCUGCACAAUUUGGAGGAGGGAUUCUGGAGCUGCUUUUCAGGGCAUGCAUAGCUGAUCUGCAAAUGUACCACAAGUACAGAGGAAACACACCGGCUGCCAAAGUCGCCACGAGAAGGAUGACAUUUAUC